UCCAGGUCCAGGCCAAGGUCCAGGUCCAGGUCCAGGUCCAGGUCCAGGUCCAGGUCCAGGUCCUCCAGGUCCAGGUCCAGGUCCAGGUCCAGGUCCAGGUCC